GGCUAGCUAACGUUACAGAAGCUAACUUUAGCUAGCAGCUAGCUCUGUGCUUUCGUUUUAUUGUUUUGAUUGAAGAACAAGUUUAAAGAAAAGAGCUUCAACUCCUUCCCCGACAUGACGUCUGCCUCUGCUAAGGUGGGGGAGAUUUUCUCAGCAGCAGGAGCCGCCUUCACCAAACUGGGAGAGUUGACCAUGCAGCUGCACCCGGUGUCAGACUCCAGCCCUGCAGGAGCCAAGUGGACGGAGACGGAGAUAGAGAUGCUGCGUCUGGCGGUGCGUCGCUUUGGAGACGACCUGAACAACAUCAGCACUGUGAUCAAAGAGCGCACUGUCGCUCAGAUCAAGAGCACGGUGAAGAGGAAGUUGUAUGAGGACAGCCGAGUGCCCAUCUCCGAAUCCCCGAAGAAGACCGUGAAGAAGAGCGCGGUCGCCAUGACGCCAGCGCCGCCACCCCCCGCCAUGAUCGCCGUUUCGACCUCGCAAGUUGUCGUGGCGACGGGCAUGCAGAACAGCCCCUCUCUGGCCCCGCCCAUCAAGAAACAGAAGACGGCAGACGUGACUCUCAGCGCUCUGAACGACUCGGACGUGAACAGUGACCUGGUGGACAUCGAAGGACUCGGAGACGGAUCGUCCAACAAGAAGCUCAACUUUGACCAAGAGAGCCUGAACCUGGACUCCAGCCUCAUCAUGAACUCCAGUGACCUCCCGCUCCUGUCCCGCUGACCUUUGACCUGAAGCCUCACGUCUCAAACAUGUACACUUUUACUUUAUUUUAAUUUGACGGCUUCUGCUCCUGGUACGUUCAUCUGUCCACAUUCAAAUCAGAUCAAUGUCAUUCUGAAGUUUGAGAAAUAAUUCCGGAGCAAAACUGUUGAGUAUCUUUUUGUAAAGGCAGCAGGAAACUUUUCUUCGUCCUCUUUUAGACCAUUUUGACAGAAUUAUGUUUCCAUCAGAGUUUCAGAGAAGUUUUGGAAUCAAAGAAAGAGAAAUGUGAAAGUUUGUGACAUCAUGGAGACAAACGGAGCUGCAGAUCCGUGCGGACGCUUCAGUGUGAAGAAAUAAACUCAGAUGAAUCUUCUCUUC